AGGAUGGCUGAGGGAUAUUGGAGGAUUCCUUAAGAAACUGGACCCCACCAUGUUGAGGGAUGGCCUGAGGCUACUCAAUGGAGGAGUUGUUAGAGUACAAACAAAAAGUUUAGACCUACAGCCAGAGAAACCUGAAGGAGGAGUGCGAUCUCAUUCUCUUGGCAGGGUUCCUGACCAAUCUGCUGAUUCUCUCGAUCUUUCGGAUGAAAAUAACAACCAUUUCGAUGUUUCAGAUGUUUCGGAUUCUGACAGUUCUAAUUAUUUUCCUUAUUCCGAUGAAAUUUGUAAAACAACGAAAUUGGAACUUCGUCACAACAACAACGACGACGACGACGAUGACAAAGUUACUGUAAAACUAUGCAUAUUAUAAAUGCAUGUUUGAUGACUGUGCUAUUAGUGCAUAUAAUUAUGUGCACGUAUAAUUUUGCUUUAGAUAGAUAUUACAGUAUAGUUGUGUAUAAUUUUAUAUGAAUUACAUUAUUGUUGUGCCGGAACAGUGUUUGGUCUGAAAUUGGAUUCACUCCAUGAUGUAUGGUAUAACUUGAUCAUAUAAACCAUCUUCAUGAUGUCUUAUAAUUAUUUUAAUGCUGUCUAUUUCCUACAAUUAGUGUACGAGUUCCUACACUAGCCGCGUGCAAACACAACUUACAUACUGUUGAUCCAGGAGAGGGAGAGUCCACAGUACAGGGCAAACUGUGGGAAGAAUGAUUACGUGCUAAAUAUCUCCUCAUAAUUAUAACAAUCUACCCCCCCCCCCCCCCCUUGUCUUCUAUGAUUGUAAAAGUAUCUUUGGGGGGGAGGGGUAUUACUAACAUCUGUGUCUACACUUAGCAGCUUUAAGGGUUGUGUAAAAAUACAUUUCCCGGAAUUAACUAGUCAAGGAAACUGUAUAUAGGAGAAGGAAACAACUGUCUAGUAACAAGGCCCUAGCUUGUGGGACAUGCCUCUCUUAUGAGGGAGUGUGUUUCCUUGUGAUGGUGUCUUAUAGAUGUACAUGCCUCUCUUAAGAGGGAGUGUGUUUCCUUGUGAUGGUGGCUUAUAGAUGUGCAUGGCUGGGAACAACCUUCCUAACCAACUCAUGCACUUGUAUAUAGAACAGAAAACAAUUGAAAAUUCUUGGUGUUUGCAUUAGAGUAAUGGGGGAGAGGUGCAGCACACGUGAACUUCUUUCCUUGUUUCUCAGCAGCCACAAAGGCUGUUGAUAUUAUUAGGUGUCUUCAGAUUUCCCACGCAGGGAUAUCCCCUUUUUAUUCAUGGCCGUGUAUAAAAACAGCUGCAAAAAGUCUAGCAUCAUACUCACUAAUGAUAUUCGGCAAGAGCUCCAAACAUAUGCAUGUUUUUCAGUUACUUUUCAUAGCUUAUAUUACACAAGUCCGUGUAUGAAUAGUUUCAAGUUUCACUGGCUUUACAAUCAGUUGAAUAAUAGUUGAAGCAAUGAGGCAGCUGCUAGCGUUGGUGUUGUGUGUUGCUAUGGUGAUACUACUCGAGCAAUGUGAGGCUACCCCAUCACCCAUUGUCCUCAUUCCGGGUGUGAUGGGUUCCCAACUCCAAGUUAAGGAUCAGACCUCCUUGUGUUCGACUCGUCUCGAAUACAAGAAGCUAUGGAUAUCUCCAUUACGACUCUCCCUCUACAAUAUUUGUGCAAAGAGAGAGCUGCCAUUGAGAUACAACGCAAAUACCAACUCCUACCACAACAAUACUAAAGUGGAGAUCCGUGUUCCUGGAUUUGGCGGGACAUCGAGUGUCGAAUAUCUCGACCCUGGAAUUAUGAAAAAUAUACUCCCAUAUUUUCACGACACGGUGAAAUACUUUGUCGAUCGAGGCUACAAAAGAGGAGAGACUAUUCGAGGGGCUCCUUAUGACUGGAGAUUGGCUGCAGAUGAGCUUGAGAAGAGAGGAUACUUCCAUCGUCUCAAGUCGAUGAUUGAAGACAUGUACAAAACCAACGGCAAUACUAAGGUGACCCUGGUCGUACACAGUAUGGGUGGUCUCGUUUCCCUGCACUUUCUGACCGGCUUCAGUGGGAUUAACCAAGCAUGGAAGGACAAGUACAUCCAUGCGUACGUUACACUAUCAGCUGCUUGGUCUGGUGGUGCAGCGACUGUUCAAAGUGUCGUAUCUGGUUACCAUGGUAUUCCUGACUUGCUGUUAUUUGCGUACGGUUUGAUCAGCGACUUUAUUGUUCCGAUUGGUCGUACAUUCGAGAGUAUUCCUUGGCUGUUUCCGAAGCCCUCAGUGUUUGGCAACGUUGCUCUCAUAUCAACACCGUCCAAAACGUACUCAGCUAACGAUUAUGAACAGCUGUUUCGGGACCUCAAUGCUCCAAAUGUUUAUCGGGCUUUUCAAGGCGUGCAAAGUCUAGUAUCAGACUACCCCGCUCCCAAUGUACCAACGUACUGUUUCUAUGGAGUUGGUGUACCUACCCCGGAAAAAUUCACCUAUUCAAAAGAUCUGACACCUAGCAAUGCUAUUGGCUUGCGACCAGUUGUUAAGAACGGUGACGGGGACGGAUCAGUAAACACUAUUAGCUCUAGGGUAUGUCACAGGUGGUCAAGUAUGCCUUCCAAAUAUUCUUUCCAGUACAAGACCUUCAGCAAAGUAAAUCAUUCCAAGAUUGUGUCUAACAGCAAAGUUCUUGAAGACAUUGGUGCAAUAGUUGGGGCGCCUUCGAAACGUAAAGUCGGUGGGCCAAAGGAUAAAAUUUGGAGCUAAACUCUCUGAAUUAUAUAAUUAUAAUAGAGAAUGAGAAUAACAAUUAAUACUGUAGAUAAUUAGAAUAUAUGGCGCAUAAUGUUCUAUAUAGUGAUCGAUUCUAGUGGUCUAUAUAGCUAUAUAGUAAACAGGAAUUAAUUUAUUACCAUUACUUAAAUGUUUGUACUAAUACUAAUCAUCACAUUCUGUAACUUAGAUGGGUUGAUAAUUGGCAGGACAUUGAUAUACUAUAAGUACGGAGACCAAUAUACUCGGGAUGAAUUACCAACUUUGGAGUUUUGAAGAUGUUCAUGCAUGCACUGAUGCGCAGAUGUUCUGUAUAGGAUAGCAUACAACGUUUUCAGUAUGGUAUAUACUACAUCUCUCAGAAUAUACAGUAUACUGAUUGGAUUACUAUAUUAACCGAAUUGAAAACUCUGAAUAUUCAUAAUUAUUCUGAUCAUCAUAUCUAAUAAAAGACUAAUUGGCUCAGUGACCUUCAGUUCAACUAAGUGUAUCCUUGGGAUACAAAUUAAGUAUCAGCCAGGACGGUUACAAAAUAGAAAGGCUGCAGAAUUCAGCAAUUAGCAAGUUGCUUAGCGGUAAAUUGUUUUGGAGUUUAUAUAGAAGCCCAAAAGCACUGAUUUAGUAUCCCGAGCGUAUAGCGAGGGUACUAUAUAUACAAGUGGUUGAGGGCUUCUAAAUCGCAUGGACACCGACAAAACUCAUUUAGAUCUAGUGUGCAUGCGUAAACCUUGCCCUCGAGGCUUGACUAUACAAUACAAUUACUUGACAACGGAAUACUAUAUAGGUAUAAUACUAAGUAAGUUGCAGGACUGGUAUACUAAGUCCCAUAGUAUACCUGCUCUGAGGCACUUUUCCCAUGUACUUCCCAUGUAGAUCUUAGACUUUUAGUGUCUAACAAUAGCUUAGAUAAUGUUAUGCACUCUUGGUUAUAGCGAUAGCAAUGUAUGUAAUUAAUUGGCCGUUCACCGUGAAAUUGCUAACUAAUCUUUGCUGAAUAACAGCGGUUAAGCAUUGUGUGUUGUGCCGGGUUACCGUGUAUAGAGAGAACUAAACUAGAGGUGACAAGCUGCUGAAGUUGCUCCAUCUCUUCUCAUUCUUAUCCUGAAUCCUGAAGCUGUGAUGCAAGGACUGCCUAUAGCUAAUGCAGAGGGAUCAACUGAAUACAAUGUGUCUAUAUAGUACCAUAAUUAUUACUAGAGAAUGUGUAGCGAGUAUGUGCAUAUGCGAACGUUGCCAAGGUUGAUCAAUUGCAAAAAAUAUAGUACUAGUAAUUACACAUGAUCCUUGGGCCAGGACACAAUAUAUAU